AUGCCAGUGUUGCUAAAACUAAAGGUCGAUGGUCACCCACACCAGCUUGAGUUGAAAAACAGCAAAGUUCCUUUCUAUUGCGAUGGAUGCAUGGAGCUAGGAUUUGGAUUUUGCUACCAAUGUCCCAACAAGGACUGCGAUUAUAUUCUCCAUGAGACGUGUGGGAUUCGUCGGCCUCAGACAUUUCACAAAUUUUUUGAGACCUGCGACUUCAAAUUUCACAAGGAAAAUCCACUGGGAGGCACCCGAGUCUGCGACGCCUGUGCCUUGGAGAUACAAGGCUUAUUGUACCAGUGCUCCCAUGGGGAUAAAGAUUUACAUCCCUGCUGCGCAAACCUUCCACCGGUCUUUUCCCUCCCGGGUCUCGACAUGGAAAUCUACCUACGCAAAGAGAUCAAAUCGAAAUGCUUAAAAUGCCAAAGCAGGAAAAGAUCAUCAGGCAAAGUCCAGGGUUGGUCCUAUGUUUCUUCGGAUGGUGCGUACUGUUACCAUGUGGCCUGCUUGAGAGGAGCCUUGCUUGAGAAUUGGAAAUUGGGUUAUUUCCAACUUGAUGUUGCUGCUGCUGCUGAUGAGAAUACAAAAACCCUUGCCUUGCAAAAGCUUGCUCCAAAAGAAGUAGCCCUCCAAGGUAGGGGGCAAACCUCCAAAGUAACGAAGGGUAUCAAGUGGUUGAUCAUAUUUCUCAAGCUGGUCAUUUCUGCUAUAUUUGGAGAUCCAUUGUCUCUAAUUGCUAACUUGUUUAUCAGCCUAUGA